UCAGUGCAAACUGUAUAUUUUGCAAAAAUGUCUUAUCCUCAAUUUGAAAAUGAAGCCGUUUUGUCCCCGUACAAUUAUCUGCAGGAAAAAACAACUUACGAAUAUUAUAGUGAGAAUAACCAAGUGCUACCUCCAAUGACUUACCCACGUUCUGAUUGGAUUUGCUCUCAAUACGACUCGGCCCCUUACACGCCAAUGCUUCAACUUCCGACAACCACAAGAGAAAUCCAAGAGCAAGUGCCCCAACGUCCUAAGCCCACUCCAGGAAAACGUGCUCGCACUGCGUAUACCUCGGCUCAAUUAGUCGAAUUAGAGCGGGAAUUUCAUCGCGGGAAAUAUUUAACACGGCCGCGAAGAAUCCAAAUGGCUGAAAAUUUGAAACUGAGUGAACGUCAAAUCAAAAUUUGGUUCCAAAAUCGAAGAAUGAAGCACAAGAAAGAACAGAUGAACAAUGUCUCAACUCCUAGGGCUUCUCCUACUGAAACAACUUCAUCGUUAUCGCCUCAGUCUAUUGCCAGCACUUCUUCAUCUAGUGAUUAUCAAAUUGUUGAUCGUCUUUUAUCUCAUGCUCCUACAGCGACGUCCAUCGACAGUGCAAACCAAUGGUACAAUCAAGUCGUUGAUAACCGUUAUCAACUUGAUAAUGUCCAAUACAGUUUUGAUAAUCAAUACAAUAAUCACUAUUCGGAUAAAAAUGAUUGGGUUGUGCCCACACAAGAGGAAAAUUUUUAUCAGGAGUCGUGGAAUGACCAAAGUAUUGAUGUUGUGUCUCAGCCUGGUUUAACCUCAUUAUAA